AUGACUCUUGCACGGUACCAGUACACUGGCCCGGUCGACCACACGAUCGUGCCGGACCGCUCCGUUGUAAAAGGCAAGUCCGUCAUCAUCACUGGGGGCGCCAACGGCAUGGGCGAGACUUGCGUGCGUCAUUACGUGGCCGCCGGGGCCUUUGUCACAUUCGGAGACGUCAACGACCGCGGCAAGGAUAUCGAGAAGGAACUCAACGACGCCAAUGGGAGGGAUGUCUGCGCAUUCGUCAAGGUCGACAUCUGCGAUUGGGACCAGCAGGUUGCCAUGUUUGAGACAGCCAAGACCAAAAGCCCGAGCAAGAGUGUCGACAUUGUGAUUGCCAACGCGGGCAUCAGCCGCAGCUCUGGAGACAGCCUUUGGAACUUGGAUGAUCCCCAUGGCCCACCAACAAAACCCAAUCUCAAGAUCGUGAGGGUCAAUCUGGACGGCACUCUGUACACGUGGAAGCUGGCCGUGCACUACUUCAGGAAGCAGCCGGAUGUGCCGGACCGAGACCGCUGCUUCAUCAUUACGGGCAGCAUGGUGGCCUGGAUCGACUCGCCGGGCAAUUGGGAAUACACAGCCACCAAGUAUGGCCUCCGCGGCUUCAUGAGGACGGCGCGGCGGUCCAGCUUCGAACAGGGCAUCCGCAUCAACUACGUCGCGCCUUGCUGGAUUAGGAGCGCCAUUCGCACGGCCGAAUACGAGGCCUGGCUUCUGAGCCGCGGCAUCGAGUUUGGAGAGCAGGACGACGUGGCCGCCUGCAUGAUGAGGAUUUCAUGCGACAAGACCAUCAAUCUAACUUUGCUAGGGCGUUCUCUGAUGAUUACCCCACGAUCCGUGGCCAAGGAGGGGUUCAUGGACAUCGACAGGGAAGACUAUAAAGACAGCGAGGAGGAUACGUAUCUGAAGAAGCUGCAGGCGUCACAGCUGGUCAUCAUUGAGGACAAGUGGCUUGAUAACUACAAGGUCCGUGUAUACAAAGAAAAUUAA